AUGCAAAAAUUCAUAGCCACACACAAUGAGUCACAUUUUCCUGGACCGAUCUGUUACAAGAGAAAUCCAUUCUUGGUCAUGGAGCUCAAAAUCCUGAAAAAACAACAUCUAACGGUCAGCAACGCAGUACAAAUGUUGAAUAUGAUCUUUACAUAUCUUUUUAUAAAAACGAUAUUAAUAGUGUGGGCUUGUGAGACGGGUAAAAAUCAAGCUCAACAAAUCAGCACUUCCAUUUAUGAUGCAUUUAACAGCACUACCGAUGAACAAAUCAAAGAUGAGUUACAACAAUUUUCCUUGCAAAUACUUCAUUGCAAUAAUACAUUUUCCGCAAAAGGUCUUAUUAUAGACGCAAAACUUCUCGCUCGGGUGAAUAAUUGGUAA